AUGUCGGAUCCAGAGUUCUCAAAGACCGAGCAGGGUAUAUUUACCUGGCUUGCUAUUGCUUUGAAACAAGAGGUCUUUGUCUCGUAUCACAUGGGACACCUUUUCCCCAUUGGAGAGAACAGACCGUCUCACUCUGCAGUGCUAGAUCGUCUUGAUUUAGCUUUUGAUGAGACCACUGGUCUUAGCUACUGGGAAGCUCAAUUUUGCAUCGAUGACUUCGAGAUCAUCCCAGUGAUUGGAUCCACGUCAUAUAUUACCCAAUUCUUCGUCAACCCUCGUCCGAUACCAGUGGAUUACUUGAAGCCUAAGAUUGGAGACGACCGGCAAUUUUCUUCGUAUCAAGGUCAAGUAGCAAUUUAG